AUGCGAGAGACCACAUCCGGAGCAUGGACAUGGUGGCCGGCGGAAUUACUAGUACUUAAUUUGAAACAAGACGCCGUUUCUCCGGAUGGCGACAUCCGACGUCCUGACCGGUUUCACAUAGAUAUUCCAUUAUUGUACGAUGUGGCCGUGGUGCAGUGGUGGAAAAACGGACGCAGCUACAUGGACAUUUUCCCGCUGAACCGGAUUCGCUACAGAACGCCACUCAACUGGUGGGCCACUGUCGGGCAAUCAGUUCCAGCUGCAUAUUUGUCCCAGGGAACAGGACUCGCGAGCCAUCGCCCAUGUUAUCGAGGGCCCCGAAGCUUAGACGAAUGGAAGUUUGCGAAGCGAUGUAACUGGAAAAAGGAUGAACUGCAUCCUGUUUGCGUGGAAGUUGCUAAUGGCCACCUGUCAUACAUUCUUCGGCAGUUUAAGAAAGCGAGGGAAUCGCGCUUCUUGGCGGCUUGGGAACGGUUUGAAGGGGAACUCACCACCGAUCUCCCGUGGAUCAUUGCUGCCGCGGUGCCCCACCCUAUCCAGGUCCUAGGUGAUGUCAGCGUUCUACCCGUUGAACUAUGCCUGGAAGUGUUUUCUUGCUUAGACACUCAGAAGCAGACGGAAUUGCGUGCUGUGUGUGCCGCUUGGGACGCCGUCUUACAAAACGUGGUGGAUUGGCCUAUACGCUGA